CAAACCUUUUUUUCUAUCUGUAUCCUCUGAAUGUCUUUCGCAAAUCGAAACGAACAUGAAACCACUCACCGCAUGCGACCCUGGUAACAUCGCUAGGGGAAUUUCGUUUUAGUGAUUAUGAUCUCGCUGAUGCCCCAACUUUUCCUUGACGAACACGUCGAGCCGACAUGAGCAGCUCUCAAAAUAGCACGCUCAGUGAUACGGCAUACGAUGAAGUAACUGCGUAUUGGGACUGCAUCGCGCAGAGUGACCGCAAUCCUGAUGUUGAAGGUUACGCAGUCCGAUUGUCCACAUACAUCGCCAACGUUUGCCUUGCAAUCCUCAUGACAUGGUCGCGUGAGAAUGUCAAGGCAUCCGUCUAUGUUAUUUUGAUGCAGGCAUACACGGUUUUCCUAGCGACAUUCAUUAGUCUAUGGCGCAAAAAGCUCUCGAUCGCGGAUGCACAUUUCGUGUUUACCAUCACCAUUUCUCCGCUCUCCCUCUACCUCGUUUACAGCACGUUCCGCUUGGUAAUGAGAAAAUCGACUGGGUUAUACGAACGUCUUGGUGACUCCAAGAGAUGGACCGCGAUCUGGUCGACUCUCAUGCUCGUUAUCUGGAUCGUCCUCGAAUGCAUCAUUUAUGUUGCCCCCGACCAUGUCUUCGAAGGAGAGAGGUGCACGACAGCCUCCUUCGAAGGGUGGUUGUUCUACCGAUUGCUCACUGGCCUAGUGGUUUUCGAGUUUGCGUCAUUUUUCAUUCCUGUUCUUCUCUUCAUGUAUCUCCUUUACACUCUCCGACAUUGCAAGGAUAUAUACAGAGAGUACAAAUGGCGUCAGGGAAGAGUCAUAAAGUGGAGGUUCUUUCGCAUCUUGCAGAUUCCUUGGAACUUUGUACGGAUCCUUGCUGUAUCCAACUACGUUGUGGUCUUUCGUUCCCAUCGGUGGCUAGUCUUUUUCGCAGGCUUUCAUAGCUUAUCCUAUUAUGGGCGGGCGAUAUGGGUGUCUGGUUACCCGGACAUGGAAGAGCUGUAUGACGAAUUGGUGCAUGCCUUACACAGUGACGAACCCGACUACCAGUACACAGUCAAACCGGAAGAUGACUUUGAUCCUCUAGGAUUCGGACAGAUUCUAGCCGCCACCAUAGCCAUUGAACCGAUUUACGAAGUGGUAAAACUCACUUUCAGGAGACGCUGGGAUGUAUGGGAAGCUAUUAAACACUAUCCUGGCUCAGUGUGGAGCGGGAUUGUGUUCAUUCUGACAGGACACCAAAUCCGUGGAAGAAAAUUUUGAAGCAGCGAGAAGAUUCAGAUACGGAGGUUCUUGUUGGAGGUGUGAUCCAUGUGAACCCGUUUUCUGGAGAGCAUACAUACGCGAUGGUUAGCAGGAAAGAAGAAGCUGAGGGGGCGUAUGGCUUUGGUGUGAAGAUGCCGUCACCGUCGUAUUCUUUUGGAAAUCAGUGAUUAGGUGUCGAAGUAUUUCAUGUUGUAUCUCGGGGCCUUCAUAUUUAUUACACGAGAACUACGGCCGAUGAGCUACGGACAGACGGAGUAC